AUGGGCCAGACACUGUCCGGCGAGCCAGAUGAGCCUCGCUCGCGCGAGCAGCUCGUCCAGCAGCUAGCGGCAAGAUUCAGAGACAAAUGUCUUACCAAUCUAGAAUUCUACUCUUUUCAGGAAGUCUUCAAAACGCUUGCCGAUCAGCAGGGGUCCAUCAAGUACCUCAAAGAAGACACUGUGUCGCGCUUCCUCGAGAUACCCGACGUCCUCGGUGCAUCCCCAGUUGUGUUCCAGAUGGUGUCGCAUCUCGGCUCUUUCCCAUUCUUGCAGGAUGCACCGGCUGUUUUGGAGCUGCCACAGAUGAUCAUGGUGGUUGUCAUCAUGACGGAACGCCACAGAAGGGUCUUAGCAAAAGGCUCCGAUCGGACAAAGCUGCUUUUUAAGAGCUUGGCAGUCUAUGAUCGGAAGGCUAGCCAAUCAUCCGAACAAGAGAAAAAGGAGGAUGCCCAACCCAAGCCUAGCACGGGAGGGUUUGCCAUCGACGAGGCGGGUGAUGAGUAUGGUGAGGACAUUGAGGAGGAAGACGACGACUUGGUCUUGACAGCGCUCGAACUGCUGGACAUAAAUGACGCUGUCAAGGCAAGCGAUCGACCUGAAUUCCAUGGAGCAAUGAUCCCCACAGACAACUUCAGGAAGUUGUUACUGCUGUUGCUGCUGACCGCCCCCCUCGACCCGCAGGAGAGCCUGUCACAAUACUCGGCACACUUCACAGGCGAGAAUCUGGACAGGCUGAGGAUGACGGCGGAAAACAUAUUGGCUUCAUUUGUAGAUGUCGAGAAAGCACCAGGGAUCAAGUUGAGCCGCUUCAGACACGUCAUCCCAACAGCAAUGCCGAAUCUCUUCAAGGGCUUCAACGGAUUGUUCGACCGCUUUCUGUUCUCCAAGGAUCUGGACCUUUCGAAACGGCAGAACGAUAACGAGAAAACUACCUUGAAGGUUGCACAGCCACUACUGCAGGAUCAAGGGGAGAUCCUCCACGAGCAUACACUGUCGCAGUUGUCGCUAUUCCUGCCGCCAAAAGACUUGUUCAGGCGAGUCCGUCUACUGUACUCGGGCAACGAGCAUGGCUUCUCCAUGGGUAGCUUUGAGUCCAAAGUAUUCAACUGGAGGGCGCCGACGCUGGUGCUCGUUCGAGGCAGUCGUCUAAGCGCCACCCCCGAUGGCGGGCAAGAAGCGGCCUUUGCGGAAGCUCUUCCGCCCAAAAGAUUCCCUGACGGAGGCAAAGGAGACAACCUCACGUUUGGCAUCUAUGUUCAGGAGCCUUGGAGAUACACGCACAAGGACUGCUUCGGGGGAUCUGAUUCCGUCCUGUUCCAGCUCGAGCCGGUGCACGAUGUUUUCCAGGCGUCGACGAUCAACAAGGACUACGUAACACUCACCAAGCCACCAAGCAAUGAACCUCUGCUGGCGUUUGGAAGUCCGCACCCCAAGCCUAGCAAGGCAAAUCGACGGGAAGUCAACAUACCGCUGGGUCCGGUGUCUCUGGCUUUGGGAGACUCGUUUGAGUUUGGCGUAUUCAACCAUGACUACAAUUCACGAGGUGGCGCGUUCCACGGCAGCAACAUCAGGCGUUAUGACUUUCAAGAUCGCUUCAGGGUCGACAGCCUGGAGGUCUGGGGCUGCGGUGGGGAUGAUGAGGCCAAAUCCCAGGCUGAGCGAUGGGCUUGGGAGGCGAGAGAAGUUGAAGCCCGGAGGAAGAUUAACAUGGGUACGGGUGACCAAGAGGCUGACAGGCAGUUGCUGCAGAUGGCUGGAAUUAUUGGCAGCAACAGGAGUGGCGGAUCGAUGGCAUGA